AUGGGCGAAGAAGAGGAAAAUGAAAAGAAGAAGAAAAAGAAGAAUGCAUCCAAAUACAAUUACUCGUUUGGUGAUGAUUAUCCUGGGAUUGUGAUUGGGCACAAAACAUGCAAUCCAUUUUUCAGACCGGGUCUUCCAGUCCCAUCCGAGAUGGGGUGGCUUUGGAAUGCGUCCGACAUACCUGGUCUGAAGCCUCGACGUGGUUGGCAGCCCGGCGUUAUCGGGAAGAGCGUUGCAAAAAUGAUGACCUUCAAAUGCCCACGUGGCGGUCAGGACAAAGACAAAAGCAAGAAGAAGAAAAAGAAGGGCCAGAGGCCUGGUACGGAUAUGGGUGGUGGGGAUUCGGAGCCCGAGGAGCCGCUUGAACCCAAACCAGCACUAAAAGUACAGAGAAAAGGAGAUGUUUUUACCAUACAGGUAAAUCCACUAAAGGAUCUAACGGAGAUCGCUCCAAACGAGGAUCCAUACGUCGACUGCGACCCUAUGGUGUUCAAGAUCAUAAAGAAGCGCAGCCCGGAGGAGCAGGCGAAGGUGGAGGCGCGCAAGAUGGUGAAACUGAAGAAGCAACGGGACGCUGAGAUCCGGAAGGCGCUCGCCGAGGCCGUGGAGGACAUAUGCAAGUGCGCUUACAUGGACGUCUACUGCAACGACCUGGGCGCGAUAGACAAGACUAUCGAGAGCUGCCCCGCGUUCAAGGAGCCGGAGUGCGUUUGCCGCGAGGAGUCGCUCAGCUCGCUGUCGAGCAACGCCACGUGGGACAUCGAGUACACGCCGCCGUUCGGCUGCUUCGACCUGGCGCCGCGGAAGCGAGGGAACUACGUGCACGUGGAGACCCAGUACGUGCCAGCGGAUGCCGGCAUAGCGGAGUCGCCCAAGCCGACCAGAAAGUCGUGCUCUUCGAUAAAGCCGAAGAGGAAGAUGAGGCGUGGCUGCCGCCCGUGCCCCGAG